GCAGAAGCAGAGGGAAGUGAGAGUCACAAACAUUGGCGUCACUCAGGGGAGAAGGAACUGUUGCACUAUGGCAGCUCCGUUCUCACUGCUCUGGCUGUUGGCUGUGGGGGGGUACGUGUCCCUGCUGCUCUCAGUGUCUGAGGGAGUCGUGUGUUACAGUGACUUUGACGAGAGGUCAGGGGGCUGCACUCAGUACCUCGGGGAAGGGGUGAGCGAGGGCGACUGCUGCCUGAAUAUCAAGUACAGCUUCAAGCGGGACCCCGGGGCCCCCUGCGAGUCCUGCCGUGCCGCUACAUGGAGUGUCUGGAGUGAGUGGGGCCCCUGCAGCGUCUCCUGCUUGGAAGGGGUUGAGAGUCGGAGCCGGUUCUGUACCAGACAGGAGGGGUGCAAAGGAGAAAGGAUCCAAAUGAGGGCCUGCUCCUAUCAGGACUGCUGCCCCCAGAGUGGACGUUGGGGGGAAUGGUCUCUAUGGUCUCCGUGUUCCGUAACAUGCGCAAGAGGAAGACGACAGAGAAUGCGACAGUGCAAUAACCCUGCACCCCUUUGCGGGGGAUCCUGUGCUGGGAGUUCUGCAGACUUAGAUGACUGUGACACCCAGCAAGUUUGCCCCACACAUGGAGCCUGGGGAAGUUGGGGUCCUUGGAAUGACUGUUCAGCAAGCUGUAUAAAGGAAGAUUCCAGAAAUGUUCCUGUUCAGUCUCGACUGCGAAUCUGUAACAAGCCAACCCCUUCCAGUGACCCCCCAGGAAGGCUGUGCGAGGGGACAUCAGAGGAAAGGAGGGACUGCAACUCUCUGCCGACCUGCCCAGUACCUGGCAGUUGGGGUGCUUGGCAGUUGCCAUCUCCAUGCUCAGUUACCUGUGGGAUUGGACUGGUGACAGAGGAGAGGGUCUGUGAUAACCCGGCCCCCCGCCAUGGGGGAAGAUAUUGUGAAGGAGCAGCGCGACGGGACACUAUGUGCAAAAUAGGAAUUCCGUGCCCAGUUAAUGGAGUUUGGUCGGAGUGGUCUGAGUGGUCCGACUGCCUCCUUCUUGAUACCAGAAUCAAGUGUGAUAACAAGGUGGGAGCUCAGAACCGCAAGCGCAGGUGCGAGGGGUCGGCGCAUGGAGGGGACGACUGUGGCAGUAAAUACAAGGAGAACCGAUACUGCUACAACUUUAAGAGAUGUCGCUUGAAUGGAAGUUGGUCGGAGUGGAGUGAGUGGGGUCUGUGCACCCCAACUUGUGGCCAAUCAGAGAGAACAAGAGAAAGGCUGUGUCAACCAGUGUACCCCAACUAUCCGAACACGACUGUCACACAGACCCAAAAGACGGUGGAUGUUUUCCCCUGGGGGGUUCCCAUUGGCAGAUGUGAGGAGCUGAAUGGGCAGUUACAGCGGGUGCCGGAGAAGAGAGAGUGCAAGAAUGUGCCAAAGUGCUGACUUCUACUAUUAAAGGCAAAAUAAACCUUUUUUUUCUUUC